AUGCAGACCCAGUUUAGCCGCAUCCUGCAAAGUGACUUGCCGCCAAGCGAUGUGGAUCGAGUUGAAGCACAGAGGAAAUCGAUGCUGUGCGGGUUGCAAGGCCUUGCCGCUUCGCAAUGCAGGACGAUGACGGAACACGUGAUCACACACUUUCACAGGCCGAACAGAGCAUAUUGGCCUGCCCACUCUUUCGGCUCAUUCUGGCGAGAUGUUGGACAGCUGCUUCAAGGGCAAGGAGCACCCUCUUGGAUUGUGCCCGCCAAGAUGCAGAGCCACCAACGAGCGCUGUUGGUCAUCGAAGGUACAUGCAAGCGGAACGGACGGACGAAGGCUCUUCAAGUGCAAGUGUUGAAUUUGCUGCAUACCGGUUUGCUCUGCGACACACGCGCAAAGUCCGCGAUGUUGGAGGCAUUUGCGGUAGUUUGGGGCACACAUACGUUGACAAAGCUGCCAGCAUUUGUUUGA